AUGCUGGCUCCCACCGAUCACCGGCCGAGCAUAUUGAGGACCCCCCACCGAGGGGUGGCUGGAACGGCCAACGUGGAGACCGCGGAGCGUGAGCAUGAGCGAGCUCAAGCCCGGCUGAAGGCUCGCCAAGAGCAGCUGUCCGGCAUCGAGGCACGCCUCCACAGGAGCAUGUACGCCCUCCCCCAUGAAGCCCAGCAAGCAAGGCUGGAGACACGCCAGGCACUCGAGGCGCACACCGCCUCCCGCCGGAAGGAAGAGGCUGCUGCAGUGAAGGCCGAGGCAGAGUGGGCAUCACAGCCGUCCAAAGUUGGAAGGCCGCCCCUCACCCAGCUUCCCUGGUCCGCCAGCACCACCACCUACAACCUCACCCCAGAGAUGGAGGCAGCCAUGCGCCGGAUGUACAGCACCAGGAACUCCGAGGUGAAUCGCGCCGAGUGCCUCAGGCGGACAGCCCAGUCGGCCAAGGCAGAGCAGGAGGAGAAACUCUUGGCGCUGGAGCACUACAAGGCAGAGGAUGCCUACUGGAACCGCGGGGCCGCCAGCGAGCGGUGGGUGUCGCCGGCCCAGCGCGUGAGACACCACGGCCCCGCACCCGCCGCCGGCGCAGAGAGCGAGGUGCAGCGUGCGGCGCGUGCGGCGCGGGACCGCGGGGCCGGCAUGGCCGCCCUGCUCUGCCCCCAAGACGCCCGGGCUGGGUCCGGGGACCCCGGCACGGCGGCGACCGCCCGGACCGCGCGCAUGCAUUCGCCCAUUGUGCACCCCUGGGCGUGA